AGCACUCACUGCUGCUGCUGCUGCUGCUGCUCUGCCGAGCCGCCUCUCUCCAUUGCAGCUCCAGCAUGAGCACCACUGUCAGGCAAUUCUCCUCCUCCACCUCCCUCAAGGGCUUCGGCGGCCUGGGGGGGGGCUCCAGCAGGCUCUCCUCCGUGCGUGUUGGGGGAGGAGGCUACAGGGCCCCCAGCGUGCACGGGGGCUCUGGCAGCUACUCCGUCUCCUCCCGCAUGGUCUCGGGCUUCGGCAGCGGCUUUGGGGGCAGCUACUGCAGCAGCGCAGGAGGGACCCUCGGCGGGGGCUUUGGGGGCAGCUAUGGGGCCGGCUUUGGGGCCGGCUUUGGAGGAGGCUUUGGAGGAGGCUUUGGAGGCGGUGAUGGCAUCCUGCCGGCCGGGGAGAAGGAGACCAUGCAGAACCUCAAUGACCGCCUGGCCACCUACCUGGACAAGGUGCGAGCCCUGGAGGAGGCCAACACCGAGCUGGAGGUGAAGAUCAGGGAGUGGUACAAGAAGCAGGGACCUGGUCCUGACCGUGACUACAGCCCCUACUACAGGACUAUCGAGGAGCUCAGGAACAAGGUGUUGGUGGCCACAGUUGAGAAUUCCAACCUCCUGCUGCAGAUUGACAAUGCCAGGCUGACAGCAGAUGACUUCAGGACCAAGUUUGAGUCGGAGCAGGCUCUGCGCAUGAGCGUGGAGUCCGACAUCAACGGCCUGCGCCGGGUCCUGGAUGAGCUGACCCUGUCCAGAGCCGACCUGGAGAUGCAGAUUGAGAACCUGAAGGAGGAGCUGGCUUAUCUGAAGAAGAACCAUGAGGAGGAAAUGACUGCCCUGCGCGGGCAGGUGGGUGGGGAGAUCAGCGUGGAGAUGGACGCUGCUCCUGGCAUCGACCUCACCAAGAUCCUGGCGGAGAUGCGGGAGCAGUACGAGAGCCUGGCGGAGAAGAACCGCAGGGACGCCGAGCAGUGGUUCUUCAGCAAGACGGAAGAGCUGAACCGGGAGGUGGCCAUCAACACGGAGCAGCUGCAGAGCGGCAAGACGGAGAUCACGGAGCUGCGGCGCACGAUCCAGAGCCUGGAGAUCGACCUGCAGUCGCAGCUCAGCACGAAAGCGGCUCUGGAGGGCACCCUGGCCGACACCGAGGCGCGCUACGGCACCCAGCUGGCCCAGCUGCAGAUGCUGAUCACCGGCGUGGAGGAGCAGCUGGCCGAGCUGCGCUGUGACAUGGAGCGCCAGAACCACGAGUACAGGGUCCUGCUGGACGUCAAGUGCCGCCUGGAGCAGGAGAUCGCCACGUACCGCCGGCUCCUGGAGGGCGAGGAUGCCCACAUGUCUUCCCACUACGUCUCACAGCCCGUGAAAGAAGGACCAGUAACCACCCGCCAGAUCCGCACCAUCUUCGAGGAAGUCCAGGAUGGGAAGGUGAUCUCCUCCCGGGAGCAGAUCACCCAGGCUGCCCACUGAGGCACUGCCUGUUCUGCUGCAAGCCUCGCCCAGCACAGCAAAGCAGAUCCCAGCUGAUGUGUUCUUGCCAUAUGGAUCAUCAAAAGCACCUUCUCCCACUAUCACCCCCUUCCUUCCCCUCUCUCACCCUUCCCUCAGCUCCGUGCUACACACAGAGAUCAAAUAAAGCUUCUCUUUGCAGUCCUGCAAACCAAGGUCUGGUCUCGAUGUUCUUGGGCUGUCCCAUCCCUGUGGGACAAAGCUCCUCCCUGCAAGGAAAACAUUCUCCAUCCUUGGUACCCUGAUGGUGGGGCCUGCACACCCACACCUCUGUAACUCCUGAGACCUGGUGGCUCCAGGGGAGAGGGUGUGGGGGGCAGUCUAGAAAGGAACUGAUCCCACAGGUGGUGGGAGGUGAAGCCUGUGAGAAUCCCCAAGUUUCACAGGUUGGACAAAGUGCUGCUCCCCCGCUGCAACACCCAGCAACAGCAGCACUGAGACUUUAACCCAGUGAGCCCAAGCAAGUGACAAAGCCCAAGUGAUGCAGACAGGACCCUGCAAACACCACACCCCAGCUCUGCCCCAGCAGCUGCUCCCCAUUCUGGAUCCCAAGAUUUGGGGUGAAACUGUCUGUAAAGCUGCAGGCAGGACAGGGAUCCACCGGCUGCUGUCCCUCCAGACAGGCAAACUCAGCUCAGUUCUGUUCCUGCUUCCAGAGGCGCCACUGAAGGGUGAGGAUAACAGUGAUGGGAAGAGGAGGGUAUGGUCUGUGCAAGCAAAAGGAUUAAAAUUCUUCUGGGAGUUCUUGUAGCACUCCCCGGUGCCGGUGGCUGCUCCUGACACAGUAGUUCCCACUGCCGUCAGCUGGCCCAGCGUUCCUGGAAAGCCAGUUCAGACACAUUCUUGGCUGCAUUCUGACACAUUUAUUACUUCAUAAAUCCAACUUCUAACUCAAUGAAAUGAAUCAGAGCAAUGCAACUAAGCGAGAGUGAAAGCAGAGCUGGCCACACAGCUUUAUGACCCAUCUCCAGAAAUCUGUGGAAUUUAAGAGGAGAUAAGAGAGAAUUCUUUGUUUUUCACCAAACACUGGAAUGAUGCCUGCAGUUCAUCAUCUGCCCUGCAGCCAGGUUGGAAGGGCUCCAUGGUUUUGAGG